AUGCCGAAGAAGGGAAAGCGUUCGAGGGCGCAGAAGCUGCGCUGGAGCGAGCCGGACGAGGCGACCCAGCCGGAGACGUCACCGCCAGCCCAGCCGUUCGGGACCCAGAGGGAUGGAGCCAGCCCCUCCCAGUCUCCUGCCCAGAAGAAGAAGAAGCUGUGGACCCCUCUUCCGAUCUCACCCUCCUGCUCCCGUUACCAGCCUGGAAGGGUGUCCCCCUCAGACUUCCGCCCAGGCCACGGUACGGGUCACCGCCAUCGCGUGCUGAAGUGGGACAAGUCCACCUUCACUCCCCAUUUCCGGAAGUUGGUUGUCCCAGAGGAGUCACCUGACAAGAAGUUCGUCUUGCUUGUUGGUGACUCCCACCUUCGGCCCAUCGCGGACGGGUUGGUGGGACUGCCGGACCGACGUCUGUCCUGUGGCGUCCUGUCUGUCCCUGGGGCGUCGGCACUUGAGUUGCGUACUGAGGUGCUGAAUGCUGUACUGCCUCGCUCACCCGCGGCAGUCUGCAUUUUGGCACCCAGUAACGACUUGAGCGCCAGCGGGACCGUCACUCAGGCAGGUGUCGCGUUUGGUAAGCUCCUGCUGACUGCCUGUUCUACCUGGCCCAACGUGUGUGUUUUGGACUUCCCUCGCCGUCUCACCGUAGACCUCGACCUGCAGGAGCUUCUAAGCCAGGAAUACCACCGUGUGGCUGCACGUAUGGGUGUCAGGUACGUCUCUGCCACCCACUACUUUCCGCUGACACAACUGGACCUGUGGUGUCCUGACGGUGUCCAUCUCAGCAAGGAGGGCGGGAUGGAGAGGCUUGCGGAGUUGCUGUGGUGGACCCUCCACCACCAGCUGGAGCCCACAGUCCCGAGGGUCCAGACGCCUCCCAGGACGUCGCCUCCUGCCAGACGUGUCGUCCCGAGGACCCAGACAUCUCCCAGGACGUCGCCUCCUGCCAGACGUGUCGUCCCGAGGACCCAGACAUCUCCCAGGACGUCGCCUCCUGCCAGACGUGUCGUCCCGAGGACCCAGACAUCUCCCAGGACGUCGCCUCCUGCCAGACGUGUCGUCCCGAGGACCCAGACAUCUCCCAGGACGUCGCCUCCUGCCAGACGUGUCGUCCCGAGGACCCAGACUUCUCCCAGGACGUCGCCUCCUGCCAGACGUGUCUCACCAAAACGGGUUGUGAAGGACGUGGUCACCGCGCCACGUCCAUCCAGCCCUUUGGAGCAGACACGUGUUCUGUCUUCACAGGUGGACGUGGGGAUGGAUUCGAUCCCGCUAAAUCCUGUGUGGUUUAGUCCGGCGAUCCUGGAUGUGAUGGAGAAGGCCGUUCCGGCCCACCUUCCCAGCGCUGUGGAGAGCGCAGCUCGUCCGGACGGCAGGAAGCAGAAGUCGACCGUGGAGCGCCGAGACAGAGGACCCUCCAAGAGGACCCGGGAGAAGCAGCAGGUGGAGGCACCAGCCGUGGAGGUGUCCUCCAAGCCAGCGCCUUGCAGUCCUAGGAGAGUGGUGGUGGAGCCUGGUGCGUCUGACCCUGCCCAGCCCCAGGAGUCCACCUUCCAGGAACGUCCCAGCCAGGAUCCUGCCGUUGGUCCGAGCCAUCGCACUCAAUCCGUGAGGGCGUCGCAUUCUCAGAAGGAUGGGAGGUAUGGAACCUUUUCUCGCAAUCACCAGUGUACCUGCAUGGCUCUGACCUUUCUCGCCUACCACCAGGAGGGGGUGGAUUUUGACAUGGUCUCACUUGAUAGAGUGCUUGAACAGGGGAAUGCACUCUAUGUAGGUAUCAAAGAACAGUUGAAGGCGGACAAAAGGUUCAAAAGCAACCACUUGACCAUAGAGGAGAUGCCGAAACAGGUUUUCACCGAUUCGGAUACCUACAAUGUUCAGUUGGACAUGUCGGACUUGAGGGUUGGUUUCUUGAAGGCUGUAGACGGCAGCCCUCGAAGCAGGAGAGGACUGUGCCUUCGUGAACAGCUGAAAAGCCUCUCUCAAGGUGUCAACCUUGCGUUUCUCAUUGUCGCUCCUGAGUGCAUUGCAGUGUUCCGUGACCGGUCCGGACGCUACGGGUUUUUUGAUUCCCACUCAAGCCCCUUCAGAGACGAGGACUUGAUCCACGGAGAUGCCAUAUAUGGACUUCCUGACUCCUCGGGGGUUGUCCCAAACUGA